ACCUCAUUAACCCAAAACAUUCCCUCCCCGUCUCAAUCGAUAGAAUAUAGGUGCUUGUGGUGCAUUAUGUGCACUAAAAUGUCACUCACCACCAACAUUCCACCCUCUUUAACAACAAAACUUACCAUAAUUUCUAUUUUGGUAUUCCUUUCCUCCUCCUUCACCUCCUCCUCCCAAACGUGCAAAAGCACGUGCGGCCCGAUACCGGUGAAAUACCCUUUUGGCACCGGAUCGGGCUGCGGUGACCCUCGGUUCCAAAACCGAGUAACAUGCACUAACCAACAUCUCACCUUCAUCACACACACCGGGUGCUACCCGAUCACCGACAUUGACUACUCUAACCAAAUCAUCUACAUAACUGACCCCUCGAUGUCGACGUGCGCUUGCACCCAACCGAGCAAAGGCUUUAGUCUCGACUGGGACGCGCCAUUUAGCUUCCAUGACAAUACCGUUUUCGCCCUACUCAAUUGCGACGUCUCGUCGUCCCCAAUAUUUAAAUCCGAUAGAAAUAACAACUCGGUUUCUCCGGUUUGUGAUACUGGAAGUGGGAGUCGGGUUUGUGAACAUCUAAACUCGUGUCAAGCGGUUAGUAGACUCGGUGUCUCUGUGUCCACUUGUUGUGUCUACACUCCUGUGGACCUCGGGCCGUCCUUCGAGAUGGACUUGCAAAAGUUGAACUGCGGUUCGUACUCGGGUUUGUAUGGGUUCGAUGAACAUCUGGAUGAUCCCGAAGGUUGGAAAUAUGGCGUCGCGAUAAAGUAUAAAUUUAAUUUUAACAAUGAAUAUCCACCAAUGUGUGAUGAUUGUGAGAAAAGUAAUGGAGUUUGUGGGUAUGGAGGACCGUAUAAUGCAUUUGUAUGUAAUUGCCGUAGUGGUAUUAAUACCACACGGGACUGUUCAUUUGAAGCCACGUGGAACGGUUCUUCCAGAUUUCUUCCUAUUAGCGACGUGGGUUUGUGGAUGUACGCGUUGGCGGCGUGGCUAGUGACAUGGAUGAUGGCAUAGAUUGCGAGUGCGAAUCGAUAUUGGGAAGUCAUGACUAGGUUAACUGAUUGUACUUUUAGUGACUGCUUUCGUAUGUUUUUUCAUAGUAGCUGUUGCUUAAUUCAUGUGAAGGUUUUUUAUGAUGACAAUGUGACGCUUUGCUUAGCUUGAAAAUA